AGACGCUUGCCAGCGCCACCAACUCCCAGUGAGCCUCAGAGAGCUCAGUUGGCCUACGUACCUCUCCGUGAUGUUACCGUCUCCGUCUGCCAUAAAUAUCGUUUUCUGUCUGUUCUUCUUUUCGCCGACUACCGAUUCCAGCAGGAUCCUCGCCGUGUUCCCCACAGUCUCCAAGAGCCACUUCGACUUCUUCCAGCCUCUCCUUCUCACCCUCGCGUCCAGAGGACAUGACGUCACCGUUGUUAACAGCUACCCGCAACCCCGCCCCGUCAGAAACUACACUGACAUCAACUUGUCAAAAGAUUUCAAAACCGUCUACUUCAACAACAUCCCUUUCGAUAUUCUACCUCAAAUUCCUGCCAGUUUCCUGGACAACCACCUCUUCCUCUUGUCGCAGAUCGAGGACAACGAACCGACUUUUUCCCAUCCGGAUAUAACAAGACUCUUAAACUCCGACGAGAAAUUCGACUUAAUCAUCACAGAACUUUGGAACAGCGAUGUGUUCUUGGGAUUUGCACACAAGUUUAAAGCUCCUGUCAUCGUAAUGAGUUCCUGCAGCAUCCUCCCCUGGGGCAACGCAAGGUUUAGCAAUCCUGACAACCCUUCUUAUAUCUCAAAUACCUUCCUUAGUAGAUCCGGAAAGUUGGACUUCCUCCAGAGACUUGUUAAUACGUGCCAAGUGGUAGUGUCCAAACUGUUCUACAAGUUCUUCUUCAAUCACUUGUCAGAGAGGAUCGCCAAGAGGGUUUUCGGAGACUCUCUUCCUCCUCUGGAGGAUCUCGCCCUUAACACUUCGCUUCUGUUCGUUAACACCCACCACACACUUCAUGGAUCUCGACCAUUCAGCCCUCAGGUUAUCCAGAUCGGCGGCAUCCACAUCAAGGAAACUAAGCCCCUUCAAGAGAGAGCGCUCAGUCGGUCCACACCUCUCUCCGCGAUGUUACCGUCUCCGUCGUUCUCACGGGUCUUCUUCGCUCUGUUCCUCUUUUCCCCAACGGUAUAUUCCAGCAGGAUUCUCGCCGUGUUCCCCACCGUUUCCAAGAGCCACUUCGACUUCUUUCAGCCUCUCCUUCUUGCCCUCGCGUCCAGAGGACAUGACGUCACCGUUGUCAACAGCUACCCGCAACCCCGCCCCGUCAGAAACUACACUGACAUCAACCUGCAACACUUCAAAACCGUCUUCUUCAACAACAUCCCAUUUGAUAUUCUACCACAAGUGCCAACAAAUUUCAUAGAGAACCACCGCUUCCUACUGUCGCAAAUCGAGGGCAACGAGCUCACCUUUUCCCAUCCGGACAUCAGGAGACUCUUAAACUCCGAUGAGAAAUUCGACUUAAUCAUCACAGAACUUUGGAAUAACGACGUGUUCCUGGGGUUCGCCCACAAGUUUAAAGCUCCUGUCAUCGCAAUGUCUUCAUGCAGCAUCCUCCCCUGGGGCAAUGCGAGGUUCGGCAAUCCUGACAACCCUUCCUACAUCCCUCAGAUCUUCUUCAGGAAAUACGGAAAGUUGGACAUCCUCCACAGAAUUAUCAACACGUGUCAGUUGGCCGUCUCUCAACUGCUGUACAAGUUCGUCUACAACCCCAUGUCAGAGAAGAUCGCUAGGAGAGGGUUCGGAGACUCUCUUCCUCCUCUGGAGGAACUCGCCCUCAACACCUCGCUGUUAUUCGUUAACACCCACCACACUCUACAUGGAUCUCGACCACUCAGCCCUCAAGUCAUCCAAAUUGGUGGCAUCCAUGUCAAGAAACCUAAGCCUCUCCAAAAGGUGCUCUUUGCCAAACUUUACCAAAGAUUCGUGCUUAACAGAGUGUCUGAGGCGAUGUCAAAGAGGUAUUUCGGAGACGAGACCUCCGCUUUGGAAGACACCGCGAGAAACUCAAGUUUGCUCCUAGUUAACUCUCACUUCACUUUCUUCUCCUCCAAGCCACUGCCGCCUCAAGUGGUAGAAGUUGGCGGGAUCCACGUCAGGCAGCCGAAAUCGCUAAGUGAGAUUACACACAGUACUAUGAAGGUAUUGUGCUUGUUCGUGUGUUUAGCAGCCGCCGCGAGAAGUGCCAACAUACUAGCGAUAGUCCCGACUCUCUCCAGCAGCCACUUCGUCGUGUUCGAAGUCCUCAUCAAGGACCUCCUGAAGAGAGGGCACACCGUGACAACCGUCACCACGUUCCCUCAGAAGACCUCGAUAGCGAACCUCACAGACAUCGAUGUCAGCUCUGACAGAACCGUGUUCAAGAACAACUUGCCAGUGGAGUUUUUAUCGGUGAUUCCCGAAAGGUUCUUCUCCGUCGCUCACAGGUUCUUCGACUACCUCGCCGACGUCGAGAAAAUCCUGAGUGUCCCUGAGGUCGAGGCUCUGAUAAAUUCAAAGACCGUCUUCGACCUCGUUAUUUACGAGACGUUCAUUGACGACGUUUUCCUAGGUUUUGCGCACAAGUUCAGAGCUCCUGUUGUCACCAUAGGUUCCUGCCACAUGUUCCCUUGGGUUGUCGACAGGUUCGGGAUACCCGCCAACCCCGCUUAUAUUCCCGGGUUUUACAGCGAUUACAGUGGGACUUUGAACUUUUACCAGAGAGUUGAGAACACAUUUCUAGACCUCACCUGCAGACUGUUCUACAAAUUCCUGCUAGAACCGAGGAUGACUGAGGUGGUGAAGAAAUUUUUCGGAAGCGAUACACCACCAGUGCGAGACUUAGUGAAGAACAUAAGUUUGUAUUUAGUGAACACUCAUAGUAGCUUCUAUGGUGCUCGGCCGUUCCCGCCUCAAGUUGUGGAUGUCGCCGGAAUCCAUUUGGCUUCGCCGAAACGUCUCCCUGCGGAUCUCGACCGGUGGAUGAACGAGAGCGCAGACGGUGUCGUGUAUUUCUCUUUCGGCUCGAUGUUGAGAGGAGCGACUCUGCCAGAGGACAAGGUGAGGGCGUUCAUCGAUGUGUUCAGGACUCUGCCCCAGCGUGUCCUGUGGAAGUGGGAGGAUGACAGCGUGGCAGGACUGCCACAGAAUGUCAAGCUCAUGAAGUGGCUUCCUCAGCGAGAUGUAUUGGCCCACCCGAAGGUGAAGGUGUUUAUCUCGCACGGCGGGUUGUUGGGUACGACGGAGGCGGUGGUGAGCGGAGUGCCGAUCCUGGGUAUCCCGAUGUACGGAGAUCAGCCCAACAACGUGGCGGCCCUGGUGGAGAACAAGGUGGCCAUCCAUGUCGACUACAACAACAUCAGCGUUACCUCCCUGUCGUACGCCCUCAACACGCUGAUCAAUGACAAAAGUUAUGCCGAGAACGCCAAGAAGCUUUCUGAAAGGUUCCUGGACCGCCCACAGAGUCCCCUGGACACUGCAGUGUACUGGACUGAGUAUGUCAUCAGACACGGUGGAGCUCCCCACCUCCAGAGCGCUGCCGUACAUCUCACCUGGUACCAGUAUUAUCUGCUAGAUGUCAUCGCUGUCUGUCUAGCGGCCCUGGCUGCUACCGUAGCUACUGUCGUCUAUAUCAUCAAAACCUCAUUGAGGUUAAUGUGCGCUGUGAAGACCACUAAGUUAAAGUCGAAUUAAUGUUGAAGUAGUUUAGGUUAACACGUGUUUUAUAUAUGUUUGUAUUUGUUUCCUCAGUAACUUUAAGAAAUAAUUUAGAAAAUGUUCAUAAUUAGCUAUUUUACUAGAAAAAAUAAACAUUUUAUUUUUA